AUGCUACUGGGUGAUGCAUCGGGGUCCGGAGAUGCCAAUGCGAAAACUACUGCUAUUAUGCUGUUUUACCCUUUAGACACUUCCACAACAGACUUCACCAAAAUAACCAUUAAUACAACACUUGUGUCAACAGUUUUCUCUACAAGCUCAACCACUGAAUCAAGCACAAGCACACUUACUAUUCUGUACACUCCUGAAAAAUGUGAAAAUGCAACUCAUGCGAAGUUACCAAACGGUACUUGUGUAUCCAAGGGAUCAGCCUUAACAUUUGUUCAUCAAACACUCAACUCACCCAAUGCAACAGACAAUGACAAGGCUGAAGCACUUGCCUUGUAUUUUGUCUCCAUUGAAGAUUCCAGCUCUUCUCCUUCCUCCAACUCAACGAUUAUCUUAGCCCUUACCGACAUAGAACGAAUUCUUGAUAAUCUUACUGAUGUUACCGCCAAUAUCAGUUCAUCGGCAUCUUUUCUCGUGGCUCAGCCAAUUAAUCGAACCAUUGAAAAAGGAAUCAUUUUAGGUGCUUCAGUCUACAGUCAAAGCAGCGGCGAGAUCGUCACCACCCUCAAUAAAGGUCGUAUCAUAUCCAGUUCGAAUUUAACAACAGCAGCUAUCAUUGACAACACAACUCUGGAUGGCGUUACUUCACUCAGUGUCCUCAUCAUCAAUCAUCCAACGUCCUUCCGAAAUGCUGACAACACCACCAACAAAACUAUCGCAUCUUCACUUGCUAUUCUAUCGGUUCAACCACACCAUUUCAUUAAAUCCAUCAACAUCUCCCUAUACUUUCAACUUCUUAACGGCUCACGUCCAAGUGACGACCUAGACUAUCGAUGUUCAUACUUUAACACAACUCAUCACACUUGGGAAGAGCACGGAUGUUCAUCAGCACUCUACAACCACAUCUACAAUCGGUACGAGUGCUACUGCAAUCAUAACACAUCAUUUGCACUCAUCUGGACACCCAAGAUACCACUCACCUCACAUCUCGAUGCACAAGACAUUGCAUCACUCGUUGUCCAGUUCAUCUCCAUUACGUGCUUCAUCAUUGUCAUCGUACAUGGACUCGUCACUCAACUGUCCAAUCGACUCGGCUCUGUCCAGGCUCGACUUCUUCUUCCACUCAUAUCCGCUGCAACGACCACACUUCUCUUUAUUUUCUACAUCGCACUAGCACUCACUGUCUACAAACACACACCGUCGUCGACAACUACGAAUCGAUGCUUUGUGAGCUCGAGCGUAUUGAUGUUCAUCACUUAUUUUCUCUUGAUCUUCAUGUUUUGUGUGAAGAGCAGCGUGGGAUAUUUCAACUAUCUACGAUUCGUGCACUUGUUUCCUGAGCCAUCGCAUGGCAGACUAUACUUUCUGUUGCUGUUAUCAUUUGUUGUGUCUGCUGUGUGCACAUCACUGGCCGUCGGACUGAACUCGAACACUGCACUAAACAUCACCGAACUGUAUCGAUUCAGACUGUGCUGGUUUAGUCGAAGUGUGAACUACUAUUUUCUGACGAUUCCAGCAUGUUUGUUUGUGUUGGUGAAUGUGGUGAUGUUGAUUGUUGUUGGGAGUCGAAUCGUGAAUCAUGCUCGACAUGCGACUUCGCAUCAUCAAUCGUACGAGCGAAUGAAGCGAUGUGUAUUGGUAUUGAUGUCGUCGAGUAUCAGUCAAGGCGUUGGUUGGGUGUUCGGUCCGUUGAUUGGUAUCGAUAACAAGAUAACUGCGACUGUGUUCGGAUGGAUAUUUGUGAUACUUAUCGGACUUGAAGGUCUUUGGUCAGCAUCAAUAUAUCUCAUUGUGCGGCUACAAUAUUUGGAUGAACAAAAGCGUGUGGUGGCUGCUAGGCUGGUUGAGAGAGCUAAAUGGUUUGUCGAAUGUGAAAUAUACUCGCGAGAAGGUAUUGAGAGUAAAGAACAUGGUUGCUAUAUACCAAGAGAAGUGAAACAUCGAUUUAGAGAUGAAGAAAAUGAACCAGUAUACCUGGAGGAAUCUUACACAAGACAUUUUGAUAAAUUAACGGAUACUGAUGAUGCAUUGUUAUAUUUUUAA